AUGCUUCGGGAACGUCGUCUCAGUCUGUUGAAGAUGAUUAUCGUCCAGGGCCCACGCUCCAAAAGAAACCGAUCGUCUUCUUGUUCGUCUCUGUCAGCCCCUGCGCCCGCCCCUAAAAAAGGCACUGACAAUGGUGAACAGGAAGCGUUAGGGAUCUCGAAACACUUCGAGCUUCGGCGUCCUGCCGCUCAAAUCAAGUCAGGAAAGAAAGCGCGCGGGUAUGCCGCUCCUUCCCAGUACCAACAUCUGCACCAUUUGCCCGACUUGAUCGCGCCUAAUCUCGACGUGCUUUUCUGUGGCUCAAAUCCGGGAUGUCAAUCGGCUAAAAUCUCUCAUUACUAUGGCCAUCGGUCUAAUCGUUUUUGGAAAUCGUUAUUUCUAAGUGGAUUUACUCCGGAUUGUUUGUCGCCCUAUGAUGAUCAGUCGUUGCCUUCCAAAUUUGGGUUGGGACUAACUGAUCUAGUCAGCCGUCCUACCGCCGAGGCAAACGAGCUAUCGCCCUUGGAACGUCUUCAAGGCGUUGCGGUCUUGCUGCAAAAAAUCAGAAGCUUUCAGCCUCGAUUCUUAUGCUUCGUUGGGAUCAAACAAUAUGCAGACCUUUGCAGCUACCUGAAGAAAAAACUACCCAAAUCAGACCCCAGUCGGCUCUCCAUGAUCCGACAUUCAUCUGACAAGAAAAAGAAAGUCGGCUUGCAAAACAUUGUAUUCAAAUCUCGAGAGACUUGCACAAUCAGUGAAGAGCAAUGCAAAUCAGAUACUACGGAUAGGAAUCGAUACAGGUACACUUUUGUUUUUGUCUGUCCUAGUACUUCUGCACUUGUACGCAAUUAUCCAGUAAGCCUUCUUCUCAUUUCUGAACUAUUCAAAUUCUCAUCUUUUUUUAAUUUCUGA